UUUAUCCAAAUUCUUUCCUCUCAUUUUGUUUAUCCAUCACCCCUCGACACGAAUUCAUCUGGUUUCCAAACGAACCUAUCCUAACUUAUCAAACCCAUACCAGAUUAAUAUCAUCGAUUUGCUCGUCAUUCUUGACAAUCUUUGAACCCCUGGAGUGUUGCACAGAGUAACGAACAACCGGGCGGGAAAGCGGCACGAAAUCACGGAGCUUUCUGUCCCUCUGCCCUUGCGUUUGCCACGCGUUAACGCACAAAGUAGUGCCCCCAUUUGAAGCCAUCCUUUUGGGGUAGCGCAAGGACUGGUACGGUAGAUGAAGACUUUAUUUCCAGAGUCAUUCAACAGCUCAAUCAUUCAAAAUCAACUCUAGUCUACUUUCAUCACCGCCAUAACUUUGGCUAUCCACCGAAGUCAAUGGCUAUCACCGCCGCUGACAUUCAAUUCUAACUCAGAUCAGUGGGAUCACUGGGAUGCAACAUGGAAACCGAGGAUUUAUACCAUUACCAACGAAUUCUUCGGAAUUUUUCUUUCCCACUACCACCGCCUCAAGCAGAUGACCACGUCCAGCAGAUUAAGGAACUGCGUAAGGCCCUCGAAUCCAAAGAUCAGGCUGCUGCUGAGGAAGAAUGGACCAUGUAUCAAGCAGAGAGGCAGAGUCUGGAAGUUGAGAGGGCUGAGAGACAGAGGCUGUUCGACGCAGCUCUUGAUGGACUUGCCCAUGAUGAAGCCUUGCAGAAAACUCGACAGUCGUUCAAGGAGGUGUUGGAGCGUUGUUAUGAGCAGAAAAGGUCGGCUCUGAUUGAUAAAUAUAAGAAAAUCGAGCGACAGCGCGCGGGCAGGCGUAAAACAGAAGAGCAAGCCUUGGAAAAGCAGAUAUAUGAGGGGAUAAUUUUGAAGCGUCGGCAGUCGAUGACCAAAGCUCAGAGUCAGGAGAAAGCGCUACCCCUCUCAACUCCAGAGGCUGGUGCUCCGAGGACUCCGGCCGAAACACCUCCGCCGCUAAACUCGCCUUCCCCUAAUUUGGACCGGCCACUGUCUAUAUUCGAUGCAUCCACCAACCCCCCUGAUAGGGCAUCGUUUACCUCACUGAUAGGGCCUGAGUAUUCUGAAGUUUCUUCACCUCCACCAGUUGGCCACUCAGAUGGUGCUAUCCCAGUGAUAGGAACUUCUCAACAGGUGCCUGACGUGCCUCCGUCAGUGCUGCCACCUACGACAGUGAAUUUGCCCACUCCCCAAGCCUCGCAUAGCAACGCAUUGGAACCGAUUUCGCCCAUUGACGAAGAGGAUUCAAUGGUCCAAAAUAAUCUCUCGCAAGCGAAGCUUUUGUCAAAGCGUGCUCGUGAGGAUGAUGUUUUGCCCUCAGAAUCCAAACGUGUCCGGACAAGGGCCAGUCAAAUUGCGCAGGAACGAUACAGUCUCGAUGCAAAUUCGGAUGCUGUUGAUCAGGCUCCGCCAAAGAAGGUGGUUCACAACCCUGAGGGGAGCACCACCCCUGACACCACUGUCCCAGAUAAUGCACAGAACCUGGAAAUUCAACAAGACUCUGUCGUGCAGACCCCAUCAGACAACUCUUCCUCUAAUUUGGAUACAGGCCCUUCAAAUGAGGAACCAGAGCAGCAUGAAACUGACCCGAGUUCAAGGACAAUCACAAUGGAAGAAAUAAGGGGCGACAAAUCCCAUGGCGAGCAGAGGUACCACUUUAUAAUCCAAGAGGGCGGCAGCUUUUGGAUUGCAAAGUGCACUGAACAUGGCGUCCAUUUCGGUGAAAACGUCAAGCAAGGGGCAGCAAAGCAUCUAAAUGGUAGGGCCCAUGGCUUGAGCCGACGCCGUGAUCAAGUAUUGCGUCUCCUUGGUUUUCGGAUUACCGAUUGUACAGAGAAGCUGGCGAAGGAGAACAACAAGAAUUUCAAGGCCAAGCUAAAACUCGGCUACAAACCUCUAAACUUGGUUCAACGCGGUAGACACGAACAAGUCCAUGUUGAAGAAGUUUCACAGCCAAAGGCGACACAUCACUUGCCAGAGCCACCAAAUAGGAAGCAAGAAGAGCUCACGCAGAAUAUGCAGCUAUCAUCCGUGCCUACGACGCAACCUGUGGCCGGCGACCUAUGGGUUGGCUAUAUCGAGCGGGAACAAGUUCACUAUGGUGUACGGAUCCUACCACUGGCAGAAGACCUUAGCGAUCCAGGCCUGCUACCUGUUAGCAGAACACCGCUUUGGAAAAAAGACGCCGGCAUAUCGGGCCUGCCGUCAUGCUACGUUGCAAGUGGCACAGAAGAUAUCCAAUGGGCCCCGGGCUACGAGGACGGUGGACCUCGGGUUGAGGAACGCGAGUAUCCUGUUUUGGUGUUUGAUGGCGCUGAAACUUAUGACUGGAUUUCUUCAGCUAAUCUAAAGCCUUUUAAUCUUGUGAAGAAAGAUGAAAAGGUAUCUCGAUGGAGAAAGGCGCGGGAUGAGUACGCUAGGCUACGUGGGUACAAGGACUACUUGCACAUGCAGACGGACUUGGGCCGAACGAGGAGAAACAGACGUUUGUCUCAGUACCCGGUCCCAGGAAAGAUGUAUGCGGCACGGUUCGAAGAAGAAAACGACAAUGGAGUUUUUGGAGUCAUGGUUUUGCCGUGGCUCCCUGAACUCGGUGAGAAAUUCCCCAAAGCACUCAGAGAUCUCAUGGAUCGGAAUUUGAAGGUCAAGAAGAUUCCAUGGAUCCCGGGUUGCUAUUCGAUGACCCCCGAAUCGAAAAUUAGCGGCUGGGCUAAGGGUUACGAAGACGGUGGCAAAUAUGUCCCUGAUCGCUGGUACCCCAUUCUAUGGUUCGAUUGGGGCUUGAACCUCGGCUGGGUACCCGGUUCUGCUCUUCUUGGUUUUGACUUCGAGAACGAUCAUUGUGGUCGGGAAAAGAUACACAGGUUCAAAGACGCUAGGCUGGAAUACGCCAAGAUCUUUGGCUACAAGAAUUACGCGGACAUGAAGACCAAAUCAGGCGUUCCUGAGACGACGUCACGGCCACUAUCGGCCGGUAUAGUCUUGGGCUCCGACUCUGAGUCUGAGGACUCUGAGUCUGAGACUGACGCCGAGGGUUUGGCCGCAGUUACGGGUAACACUGAAGAUCAGGCCACUGCACAAGGCGUGGAGGAGAUGGAUCUGGACGUGGAUGCGGAUGAUCAAAUCACUGGUUCGGAUGUUGGCGAUGACGAUGGAAUGCCUGUGAACCUGAAUGUCGACAACCAUCAACCUGCCUCUGUCGAAAAGGCCUCCGAGCCGGGAGUCACGGCCGUUACCGAUAGUGACAAAGCGACGAUGACGCGGCAAACCUUUCCCGACGCCAAUGGUGCUACGGUGUCAGCCGCUUCAAAUUUGCAGCCGAUGACGAAGGAUGUAGCAGCGGUGCCAACGGAGGAAGCAACUUCACAACUAGAACUAGUCCAAGUGCGCUCGGUAGCCGACCCGCGCUCUCAAAGCGUCGAUGGCCCCAGAUCUAAAGGCCGCCGAGCAUCAGCACAGCACAAACCAACCCAGAAACAACCUGCGCGGGCCACCAGCGAACCUUCUGUUUCUCUUGUGGUCCACACGAAAACCGAUAAAGCUCAGGACCUGGAGAGAAUGAGGCGUGCGCACCUCAAGUUGAAGAAGAAGCCUCCUUGCAUCGGACCGCGACCAAAUGCGAGCUGGGUCAUCGUUCCCAACAUUGAGAAGCUCGCAACCCCACGGAAACCCGGACAAGAGACGUCUCUUGCGGCCCGUGGAUCGCCGCAUCCGUCUACCGCAGCUGGAGAGGCGACUCGGUUGACCAUAGUUCCUGCAGUUUCUCGGCCGGAGACGCCAGUUCGAACAUCUAGAACGAUAACUAAUAAGCCGCAAGCUAUUGGUUCGCAUUCUGGCCGCAGCGAGACAACAUCGGUGAUUAAUGCGCCUGCCAUCGCAAAGGCAAAGUCUUCUAAACCAGCAACGCAACCCGAGGCCUAUCCAUUGAUGACGAACCUUAACCUGGCCCUUCCACGCCGGCCUCACGUUGCGGAAGCUGGGGGCUGUGUGACGACUAGCCAGCCGCCGCAGGCUUUGGUGCAGCCAGUUGUGCCAGUCAUUAACCAUUCAAAAUCUGACGGGCUUCUUUCAAAACCCGCAAGUUCUCAGGCUCCUACUCUACCCCACAAACCUGCUGCACGACCUGGAGCUGUGGGAUCUAAAGCUCGAACAAUCGGUGUGGGUGUUCGUAUGCCCAUUGCGCCGAUGGCAGUCAUGGAGCUGCCUGCGCCUGAGGCCCAAGAUGAUACUUCGGCGUCGGUUAACCAGGUACAAAAGCAAAACCGAAUGCCGACUCCCCAGAUACCCAUUGCUUCAAUUCCAGGCAUGGAGCUACCUGCGCCUGAGGCCCGAAAUGACAACUCGGCCUCGGUUAACGAGGGACAAGAGCAAAGCCAAGAUUCGUCGGGUGCCUUUCGACAAUCUACGACUUCCGUGUCGUUGCUAAUGCAAACAGCUAGGGACGCGCUCAAGGUCACCAAGUCCACUGCGACCCAUGAAGUGGGCAGUACCGCCAUUGAGAGUCCCACACCGGAUCGAGCUAGCUUGUCUAUUGACACAAGCGUAGCUAACAACAGGCAAACGAAUGCCACAUUGGCCUCCUCGGCCACGCCCAAUCUAUCCGCGCUCAGGAAAGAGCUAGACAGCGAACCCAUGAUGCUUUCCGCAUACUCCUCGGCGCCCAGCGAGGCCCAGCUGGCAGAGAACCAGCAGGCUUUUGCAACAGGAUCAUUGUUUGUAGCUAUUGACCACAGCUAUGAGGUGAUCAAAUCCGUCCCGGGCUCGACGAUCCACAUCCUCAUCAGGCCCAAGGAAGUCAAACGCUUCGUAAUGGAGCGGUUUGAUGACGGUACGGGUAGGGCGACUCUCUUCAUGGGAGGCGGCGAGCUGGUGCAGCAGCUGCAUUUUGCCAAUAUGCCUGGCGCUAACAAUAGAAAAGUUCUCCCGGGUUGGCGCAGCUGCAGUUUCCUGUGGGGAUAUGUGAAGGGUUUUGAAGCAGGUGUCAUUCUCCAGCGUAUUUCGCCACAAGGCUGAGGUGAUUGGAACUGAAAGGGGUUUUUUCCUUCUUGUUUUUCUCUUUUCCCCUUCGUCCUUCGUCCUUUGUUCUUUUCCUUCGCUGUGGUUUGUGCGGAAAAAAUAAGAGCUUGCGGACUUUUAGGGGCUUCGCUUGUUGCGGAAGGCUGCACGUCACGUUGUAGCUGCAGCCCUUUAGUUUUACAGUCCGCUUGUCUAUUUUCUUGUUAUUUACCAACUAUCGGAACUCACCGACAUGUUCUGCUGAGAAUUGCCAGUACACAUGCGGCAACAUUUGGGGUUGGGUAGGAUACAGCAUCUCUGUAACCGGCUUGACAGGACGGCUGUGCAGAAAUCUGGUCUCUUUAAAGUUUCAGGGGACACUCAAACAUGGUCCUGUGUUUAAUAUGUUUAGAGUAUUUAGGGAAUCAAAAAAUCCGUGUCGAAGCAACUUGGACUUGAACCUGCCAACGUUAAUCCAGGGUAGGUGGUGAUUGGAUGCGGUGUCAAGGUG